AUGGAUCAAAAAGUCUACCUUAUUACAGGUGCGAAUAGAGGGAUUGGUUUGGGCUUUGUGCAAUUCUAUCUUUCCGGUCAGGAUAAUGUGGUCAUUGCCUGUGUCCGGCCAUCUCAAAUAAGAGCCGUAUCUCUUCAAUCUAUUCCCACUGGGCCCGGGAGUCGUCUUAUAGUCAUCCCAAUGGAGAGUGAUUCGAUCUCGUCGAUUGUGCAAGGUGUGCAACUGAUCAAGGAAAAUGGUAUCUCAAGAAUCGAUGUUGCCAUUUCCAAUGCAGGAAUAUCUCAAGCAACUUGCCCUAUGGCCUCGGUCCCACUGAGCGACAUUCAGCAACAUAUAGAAGUUAAUGCAUACGGACCUCUUUUUCUGUUUAGGGAAGCCCUUGACCUUCUGAAAAACUCCGUUGCCCCGAAGUUCGUCUAUAUUUCAACGUUUGCUGCGUCAACAAGUUCUGUGCAGCUUAUGCCUGACGUUCCAAUUGGAACAUACGGCGCAAGCAAGGCCCUAGCCAACUACUUCAUGCGGAGAUUAUCACUCGAGAAUAAGACAAUAUGUACCUUUUCACUCGCCCCAGGAUACGUCGCUACGGAAAGCGCUUUGGAGCAAGCAAAAGAUUUUAUUCCUCACCAGGAAAAACUGCAAGCAUUCCCCUUGAUUUCGACCGCAGAUAGUGUCUCUCGGAUGGCUAGGCUUAUUGAGAAAGCGACCACCAAGAACACGAACGGGUGCUUCCUUAACUACACGGGGGAGGAUAUCCCAUGGUGA